AUGCCAGCCGCUAGUGAAGAACUUGCCGUCAAGACUGCGGUCAAGAGGAAGCACCAGGAAAAAGGGAACCACAUCACGAAGCGGAGGAAAUCGGCAGCCAGCGACAGCGAUGAGUUCCCAACGAAGAUCGAGAAGCUCGAAGCCGAAAUUCAUGAGUCCAAGAAGUAUUACAACAACAUUGUGACCCUAAUCGAACUCGCACAAGAACACGAUGAGGAUGCAAAAGCUCGUCUGACCGCCUCGGAAGCACUGUGUCGCGUUUUUAUUCGGCUUCUGGCUGCCGGUAACCUGACCAAGAAAAAGGAUGCGUCGGAAAAGGAGGCCACGGUGAGGAGCUGGCUCAGGGACCGCCUGGCAGACUACAAGGGAGCUCUGUUAUCCAUGUUCCGAAGCGAGAAGUUGGCACUCAACGCCCUGAUGCUGUCCCUGGCCUUGCUCAAAGCGGAAGCCCAGCAUCUCAGCGGCUCGGACGAGGCAGUCUUUCCGCGGUAUUUCUUCUCGGACAUCAUUGCCGGUCUCCUCGAAUCUCCAGCUGAGCAGUUGCGCGAACAUUUCUCUGAGAAGUUCGUUGACGAAUACGACGACAUCCGUUUCUACACGUUCGACGCCAUCAAGGACUACCUGAUGGAUCACGAAACUGUUGACGAAGAUGUCCGGGAUACGAUUUUCGAGAUGCUGAUCAGUAUGGAAGACGUUCCAGAGUCCAGCGAAGCCUUGGAAAACUUCUACAUCGAGCCGCCUCAGAAGAAGAAACACCCGCUUCGCUCCUUGUCGCAGCACAAGAAGCAAGCCCAGGAGGCCUGGCUGGCGCUGAUGCAACUGGGCUUAAGCAAGGAACAGAGGAAAAAGGUCUUGGAGGCCAUGGCAACCUCGAUCGCCCCCUGGUUCACUAAGCCUGAGCUGCUCAUGGAUUUCUUGACGGAUUGCUAUAACUCUGGCGGUUCCAUAUCGCUUCUGGCUCUUUCGGGCGUUUUUUAUUUGAUUCAAGAACGCAACCUCGACUACCCUGAGUUCUACACCAAGCUCUAUUCAUUACUGGAUGCGGAUAUCCUGCACUCCAAGUACCGGUCUCGUUUCUUCCGCCUCCUCGAUACCUUCCUCACGUCAUCUCAUUUGCCUGCUGUGUUGGUAGCGAGCUUCAUCAAACGCCUGGCCCGCUUAGCACUCAAUGCGCCGCCGAGCGCUAUUGUGGUGAUCGUGCCGUGGUUCUACAAUCUCUUCAAGAAACAUCCGCUCACAACCUUCAUGAUGCACCGUGUGCCGCGGACACCAGAGGAGAAGGAUUUGCUAGAGAGGGAGGGUUUGGAGGAUCCGUUCCUACCGGAUGAGAAGGACCCAUUGGAGACACAAGCCAUCGACAGCUGUCUGUGGGAAAUUGUCCAGCUGCAAUCACACUAUCACCCCAACGUGGCUACGAUUGCCAAGAUCAUCUCGGAGCAGUUCACCAAGCAGGCUUACAAUCUGGAGGACUUCCUGGAUCACUCCUACGGCAGCCUGCUUGAAGCCGAAAUCUCCAAGGAAGUUAAGAAGCCGCCAGUCGUGGAGUAUAUGAUUCCUAAGAGGAUAUUCACCAAGGCCGGCCCAGAAGCGGAGAAGGAUAGUUUACUUGCAAGUCUUUGGGACUUUGCGUCGUCAUAA